AUGCCUCCUUGUUCAGCUGACGCCACCUGCAAGGAGAACAACACGUGUGAGUGUAACCUGAGCUACGAAGGGGACGGAAUAACAUGCACAGUUGUGGAUUUCUGCAAACAGAACAACGGGGGCUGUGCUAAGGUCGCCAAGUGUUCCCAGAAGGGCACGAGGGUCUCCUGCAGCUGUCAGAAGGGCUACAAGGGGGACGGCCGCAGCUGCAUAGAGAUAGACCCCUGCGCCGACGGCCUCAACGGAGGGUGUCAUGAGCAUGCCACCUGCAAGAUGACCGGCCCGGGCAAGCACAGGUGUGAGUGCAAGAGUCAUUACGUGGGAGACGGGCUGGACUGCGAGCCGGAGCGGCUGCCGGUGGACCGCUGUUUGCAGGACAACGGGCUGUGCCAUGCCGCUGCCAGCUGCACUGACCUCCACUUCCAAGACGCCACCGUUGGAGUGUUCCAUCUACGCUCCCCACUGGGCCAGUAUAAGUUGACCUUUGACAAAGCCAAAGAGGCCUGUGCCAACGAAGCCGCGACCAUGGCAACCUACAACCAGCUCUCCUACGCUCAGAAGGCCAAGUACCACCUGUGUUCUGCAGGCUGGCUGGAGAGCGGGCGGGUUGCUUACCCCACAGCCUAUUCCUCCCAGAACUGUGGCUCCGGUGUCGUUGGAAUCAUAGACUAUGGACCAAGAAACAACAAGAGUGAAACGUGGGACGUCUUCUGCUAUCGGAUGAAAGAUGUGAAUUGCACCUGUAAGGUUGGCUACGUGGGAGAUGGCUUCUCGUGCAGUGGGAAUCUGUUGCAGGUCCUGAUGUCCUUCCCCUCGCUGACAAACUUCCUGAGGGAAGUGCUGGCCUAUUCCAACAGCUCGGCCAGAGGCCGGGCAUUUCUGAAACACCUGACUGACCUAUCGAUCCGCAGCACCCUCUUUGUGCCACAGAACGGCGGGCUGGGGGAAAACGAGACGCUGUCUGGGCGGGACAUCGAGCACCACCUCGCCAAUGUCAGCGUCUUUUUUUACGAAGAUCUUGUCAACGGUACCGUCCUGCAAACUAAGCUGGGAAGCCAGCUGCUCAUCUCCUCUAGCCAGGACCAGCAACAACUGGAGACCAGGUUUGUCGACGGAAGAGCCAUUCUUCAGUGGGACAUCUUUGCCUCCAAUGGGAUCAUUCAUGUCAUUUCCAGGCCUUUAAAGGCACCCCCCGCCCCACUGGCCUCAGUCCACGCUGGCUUGGGAACAGGGAUAUUCUUUGCCUCCAUCCUGAUAGUCGGAGCCACCGCUUUGGCUGCCUAUUCUUACUUUCGACUAAACCGGAGAACAAUUGGCUUCCAGCAUUUUGAGUCCGAAGAGGAUAUCAACGUUGCAGCUCUUGGGAAGCAGCAGCCUGAGAAUAUACCAAAUCCCUUGUAUGAGAGCACUCCCUCUGCUCCCCCAGAACGUUCCUGCGACCCCUUCAUGGACGCUGAAGACCAGCAGCCGGAUGGCAGUGACCCCCUGGGGGCGCUGUGAGGGCCCAGACCAGCAGCGGCCCGCCAUCCCCACGGCCAGCUGCCCGUCAGCCAGAGCCGCCUCGAGGCUGUCAGCUGCGAAUCCUCAGGACGUCGCCUUUCGGAAAGGAAGGUCCCUUGACGUUUUAAAGUAUGAAGCACUCCAGCAAUACCUCAUCUCUUUGUUAAUCUGAAGGAUCGCUUUGUUUCUGUGGGUGAGGGGCCACGUUAAGUCCACCCACCAACCCGGGGGACUUGCCGCUCCUCUGUCCUUCCUUUGUAACUCUCUAUGGCACUUCACUGCCUCCUCCCCGACACUAACUAUGACCUUUGUCUCCUUUCCCUGUUAGAGUGUAAGCUCCCAAAGGCAGGGACCCUCCUCUUCCAUCUUUGUUGUCGGCACCUAGCCCAGUGUCUGGUACGUGCCAUGUGCUCAAUAAAUGUUUAUGGAACAGAAACGAAGUCAACGGAACAAAACCAGUGUUUUGGGAAACAAAAAGAGUUUGCCACGGGAAGGGUCAAACUUUGAAGGAAAAAUCCACCUUUUAGGCCUAACCGGGGCCUUUCGAUUUAGCCAAGACCUGCCUUAUAAGUUCUUCUUUCUUAAUUCUGUCUUGUUUGCUGAAGAAGACGUGAUAACCACAACGAGAUACCGCUUCACACCCACCAGGAGGGCUAUAAUCAAAAAGACAGCUAAUAGCAAGUGUUGGCACGGACGCGGAGAAAUCAGAAGGUCCGUACGUUGCUGGUGGAGAUGGAAAAUGGCGGAGCCACUUGGAAAAAGUUUGGCAGCUCCUUAAAAACUUAAACAUAGUGAUCCAGAAAUCCCAGAAAUUCCUAAGUAUAUACCCAAGUGUGUGUGUGUAUAUAUAUAUAUAUAUAUGUCCAUAUAACUUAUAUAGUCAUGUUCAUAGUAGCAUUAUUCAUAAUAGCCAAAAAGGAGAAACAACCCAAACGUCCAUCAUCUUAUGGAUAACCAGUGGUAUAUCCAGUGAUGUAUCAUUCCACCCUAAAAGGAAAAUUAGUACUGCCGAUGCAUGCGAAACCACGGAUAAAACCUGAAAAU